CUGCGCUCUGAGGACCCAAUCUACUUUGGGUACGUCUUUACCUAUGGAAGCCUAAAGAGAGAGAAUAUUUAAUGCUAAAAAAAACAUACAAUUUGAGGGAUGUAUCAACUUAAGACUGUGUGGGCCGUACUGAUAAAAUGUAGCACUUUGACAUUCAAGGUAUUUCAAAUUCUUACGGCUCUGGAGAACAACUGAUUGACAUCCAGAGGUUUAUCUGUUUUCAAAAUAGUUUUGUUGCCUUAUUUUAUUUGUGGUUCUCUAUAUCUUUACCUAAUGUUUCUGUUGGAUCACCGCUUUACUUUGCAUGGCUGUUCAUAUAAAUAAGUCCAAUAACACCACAAUCGGGAUCUACGGGAGUGUAUGGAGUGGUAUUAAAGACGUUUGAUUUCUACAUGGUUGUUGUCAGAAAUGUUCUGAACAAAAUUAAAUCAGUUAAUCUUGCAUCCGUAUGGAUUUUAAAAUAUACGCUUUGUUAUUAGAUUAUUUUGACAACCGGAAAUUGUCUCACGUCGAUCCCUCCGCUAACUUCACACAGACUCUCGCUCGCACUCGAUCUGAGCCAUUUGAAUGCGAACUAACCUUAAUUAUAUUCAAAUGUCAAGGAGGUUGAAUUAAAAACGAUGCAGAGAAAAGAUGUUACCGGCCCUCGGUGUUUAAGGAUUAGUAAAGAGGAUGCUGUCAUGGACCCUGGCGCCGGAUCUGUCACUACAACAGAAUCUUCAGAGGAAAGUAGGUCUGGGAGAAGUUGACAUGAAGGAGGUCUCCGAAUCGGAUUCCACUGACGCCUCCAGCGCCACUGAGCCCGAGCAAAAGUCUGAGAGCGGUGUGUCCAACAAGAGUUUCCCUUGCAUUGUCUGCGGCAAGGUCUUCGACCGCCCGUCAAAGCUGGAGAGGCACGGAACCGUUCACACGAGGAAGCCCAAAGCCCUUCACCAGUGUCAGCACUGCGAGAAGAGCUUCACGCAACAAGAGAAGCUGAUCCGACACCAGAACUGCCACAGCAGGACUAACAAGCACCCCUGUCCCGACUGUGGGAAGGUGUUCAACAGGCCGUCAAAGCUUGAACGCCACAAGCGCACGCACUCCAAGAAACCGAAGGUGCCCCAUCAGUGCUCGUACUGCAUGAAGACGUUCAGUAAGCUCAACAAGCUGGUCCGUCACAAGCGCAUGCACACUGGGGAGAAGCCCUUCACGUGCUCGGUGUGCGGGAAAGGGUUCUCGGAGUCGGGCCACUGCAAGGCGCACGAGAAGACGCACCAGGAGCAGCCAGAGAAACCACACUGCUGCGCCGACUGCGGGAUGUGCUUCUUCAAGUCCUCAGAGCUUCGUCGGCACUUUCGCUCCCAUACGGGGGAGAAACCGUUCCGGUGCGGCGUGUGCGAGAGUCGCUUCUCCCGUUCCGAGGGACUCAAAAGGCACAUGAGGAGCCACACCGGGGACAGACCGUACAAGUGCAUCAUCUGCGCCAAGGGGUUUUAUUCACGCCAGGAUCUGAACAUUCACGGGUUGACCCACUCGGGGGAGAAACCACACCUUUGCCCCGUGUGCGGCAAGGGCUUCUCGCAGCUGGGCAACAUGAAAGAGCACGAGCAGAACGUCCACAUCAAGUCAGAGAAGUACAUUUGCAACGAAUGUGGGGCGACAUUCACGCGGUACAAGUCACUGAUGAAACACCAGAGGACACACACAGGAGAAAGACCCUACGUGUGCCUCACUUGCGGUCGCAGGUUUUCGUGGAGCCACUCUCUCAGCCGACACCGCCGCACACACACACACCGACAGAUGUCGAUGGGCACGUCAAUGGACACGUCGAUGGACACGUCGAAAGACAGAUUAAGUUUUGAAGGAGCCUCGAUGAAUCCCACAAGUUGAACAAUAGAAGUGAGGAUACUUCAUCGUCAAACUGUCUCCUGGAGCUUCAGUUAACAUAAAGUGUGGUAUUUUGUAACGCGCUGAGAAGUGAUUUUGAAGCUUUGUGGAUACUCACCUCGCAGACUGCCUUAUUUUGCACACAAAAUAUCAGUUAGAGUUCUUAGCACUGGCCUCCAAAUUGGAUUUUUUACUUCAGUAUCUUAGUUGAUUCCAGUUGUGUUCUAUUAAUUGAGUGAAGGCAGAACAUGUGGCUAUCUAUGGACACUGCUGUAGGUUUACAUCUUCCUUUCUGACCGAUUUGGACUUGUCUUUAGCUUUAGCGUUAGUGUGGAAGAAUACCAAAAGAUGUGCGACUACCAUAGUAGAGUUUCCAAAGACCUCAACCAAACUGAUAAUGGAAACAAUAUUGGUAGCAUCUCUCCAACUGUAUGAUGAAUAAAUAAGUCAUUUUGAAGUCUUUGCUCAAUCUGAGUACUUAUCUGCUUCUAUGAUAGUGUUUGACUUAAUCUGCUGUUAUCCUCUACCUCACGUAAACAGCCAGUAGCUCAGAGAUUUGUCCAAAAACGUACUUUCUUUUUCCAGUUGUUUUGGAAAAUACCAAAAACACUAAAAUGCCAAAAAGAACACUUUAUUUGUGCUUUAUUGUCCUUUUUUUUUAAAGAAAAGGAAUAUGAAACGUUUUUCUCAGUUUGACUCAAUUUGAUGUGUAUCACACAUCUCAAAUGUGCUGAACUCUCUUGUGCUGACAAAGAUGUGAAUUAGACUUGAAUGAGCAACUUGUCUCUGUAAAGCUAUUGUAUAGAAAUAACUGUAUAGGCAGUAAUAAACUGUCUUCAAAACAUUUUA